AUGUCGGUCGGCCCAUUGCAUGGCAAGACAUUUGUAUUUACUGGGGAUUUGUCGAUCGGAAGAGAUGAUGCUAAGACAAAGGUAAACCUUUUGGGCGGUAGAUGCACAACCAUUCCUUCGUCACGCACGUCAUUUGUGGUUGCAGGGCAAAAUCCAGGGCCACAGAAGAUAAAAAAAGCAAAUGAGUUAGGCAUAAGCAUACUGGAUGAAAGCGAUUUCUUAAAGUUGAUUGAGGAAAGUUCAAAGGGAUUUGAUGACAGUGUGGAUGUAAAGCAUAAAAGCGAUUCCCAUGAGGCUCAACCAACAAAUGUAAUCUGUAGAGAGGCAUGGUGCGAGAAGUAUAGACCAAAACGAAAAGAAGAUCUCGUGGGGAAUACAAUUGCAAUGAAUGAGCUAGAAGAAUAUCUUAAGGCUGGGGUUUAUAGUAAAGCUGUUUUGUUGAGUGGUACUCCGGGAAUUGGAAAAACAGUAUUGGCACAUAUUGUCUGCAAAUCGCUUGGCUUUGAUGUGGUUGAAUUCAAUGCAAGCGAUGUUAGAAAUAAAUCUGAAAUCGCAAGUAAGAUCAGGAGAUUUGUUACAAGCCAUUCUAUUUUUAAUUCGGAUAAAAGAAGUAAGGUGCUAAUAAUGGAUGAAAUUGAUGGAAUGACGGGCGACAAGGGCGGUAUUUCAGAGCUGAUCAAUACUAUUAAAGAAACGCGGAUUCCAAUAAUAUGCAUCUGUAAUGACAGGUAUGAUAUGAAGAUAAGAAGCCUUGUAAAUCAUUGUAUUGAUUUGAAGGCAAAGAAACCAGAUUCUAGACAGGUAUUUAUCAAGUUGAAGUGUAUUCUUGAUAAAGAAAAAAAAAAUGUGCCUGACGGAUUGCUUAAUGAAAUAGUUUUUAAGAGUGGGGGAGACAUCAGAUACGCAAUCAAUAUGCUACAGAGUGUAACAAUGAAGCAUAAGCUUGGAUCUGAUCAAGCAGAUAUGUUUGUAAAAAAAACAGUUGCAAAGAGUAUUUUUGAUAUCGGGGUUGAAGUGUUUCAACGAAAGACAAUUGAUGAGAAAAUAGAUCUUUACUUUGAGGAUUAUUCACUGAUUCCUCUUUUUGUGCAUGAAAACCUUGCAAAGACAGUGUUCAAAGGAAUUAAGGAUCUAAGGGACUCUUUUGAUUCAAUUAGUAUAGGCGAUGUUGUUCAAAGUAAAAUUCAAGGAGCAAGCCAAGAUUGGAGUCUAGCACCUUUACAUGCAGUAUAUAGUAUUGUUAUUCCUACAAAUAACAAACAGUUAUCAAAAAGAUUGGAUUUUCCAUCAUGGCUGGGGCAUAAUUCAAAGCAUUUGAGGAUAGAAAGACUUCUGAACACAUUUUCGAUCCAUUCCUCGUGCAAAAUAUUUACAUCUGCAAGAGAGUUGAGAAAGUAUGCAUUGGAGUUGAUGCUGAAGAAGUAUGUGUAUUAUUUACAGAAAGGCAAUUUUAAGAAAGUAAUCGAUGAUAUGGUUCUAUAUGAUUUGACCAAAGAUGAUAUGAACAAUAUAAGCGAUAUUGUUAUUGGAGGAGAUGCUAUUUUUAAAGAAAUCGGAAGAAAAGAAAAAGCAUUACUAGACAAGGAAUAUAAAAAGCUUGAUAGAAAGCUUCCAUACUUCGAUGGAGAAACAUUUGGUCCUGAUGAAAGUAUGGAUUCAGAUUAA